UGAGAAAGGAGGAAAAGCCAUCAGGAUGUCAACAGAGAGAGAAAGAGAGUUUUCAUGAUCCGCUUUCAGAGCUGAAUUUCUGAGUAAAGUCUCUGUUGUUAACCUCAGAUCUGCUCCGAGCAGCAGGUGCUGAUUUCCAUGAAGAUCAUGAAGCACAGAUACAGUCAACAGUAAAUACAGCCACAAAGUUUGAGUUUGAGUUUGACUUCUUCAUAUCAGAAAUAACCUUUACACACACUGACUGAAUAAAUGAGUGAAUGAAUGGAUGAAUGGAUGGAUGGAUAAAUGCACAGAUACAUAUUUAUUACAGUCCUAACAGCACAGGUCAGUCAGUGAUGAGUGUUUGUUGUGUUCAGUCUUUAGCAGGUUUUGCGCUGGUCGUCAGCAGUGAUGGGAUGGUCUUCUACGCCUCCUCCACCAUAGUCGACUAUCUGGGCUUCCACCAGACGGAUGUGAUGCAUCAGAACGUGUUCGACUACAUUCACGUAGACGACCGGCAGGAGUUCAGACGGCAGCUGCACUGGGCUAUGAACCCUUCGGCUCAAAGCGGCUCGGGUGAAGAUCUCGUGGUCAGCAGUUUGUUUCAGUCUGAGACGGGCGACGUUCCUCCAGAGUUCUCCUGCUUCCUAAACCGCUGCUUUAUCCUACGCGUCCGCUGCUUACUGGACAGCACCUCCGGAUUCCUGACGAUGCAGUUUCAAGGACGAUUAAAGGUCCUUCAGGGUCAGAGGAAGAAGACGGCGUCCGGAGCACUCCUGCGUCCUCAGCUGGCGCUGUUCUGUGUAGCUGUGCCUCUGCUCCUGCCCUCCAUCACCGAGAUGAAGAUGAAGAGCGGCGUGAUGAAGGGCAAACACAGGAACCCCUGCGUUCUCACCUCAUUAGAUCACAAUGACAGAGACGAUCCUCUCAGACCUCUCGCGCUUCUGAGGCCACACAUGAGCGAAGACGUCAAGUACAGGAGCGAAGGUCCCUACGGUCCAGACGAGCCUCUGAACUUCUGCAGGUCGAGCGGUCAGAACCUGGACUGCGGCGCGUGGCCCGUGAGAAGCUCCGGCGCUCGGCUCUGCAACCACACGCACUACGGUAAACCGUAUCGAUCGACCCCUGGAUAUUACAGUAACAGAGCUGAGGCGUACGGGAGUGCCGCGCACGACUACAGCACAGACAGCAUCAAGAGCGAGAACUUCUGCUACGAAGAUCCCGGCGAGGGAUACGACGCACACGUGAUGAUCGAGCCGCUCGUAAAGCUGGAGCAAGACUCGGACGUGGAGAACGGCUGCGGACGGCCCUGGACGGCGCUCGAGCGUUUCCCAAACGGCACGCAGAUGAAAGCGGAGGGUGGAUACGGCGAGCAGUACUCCUCCUGCCAGAGGCUGAAGGGAACGACGUACAGCAGUCAUUAUCCCUCUAACGCUUACGGUGGGGCACGACCGCUCAAGUGCGUCCUGAACAGAGAAGCAGUGAACUCUCAGUGUGUGGACACCUACGCUGCUGACAACAGAGGGUACGUACAGCACGACUACAAAACGGGUUACGAGGUCAGAGGUCACGGGCUGCUUCACUGCAUCAAACAGGAGCCCGUCGACGCUCCGCUGUGGCACGACAUCCACAGCACCGGCCAGAGGAACAACACAAGCUGUGCCAAGAUCAACCCGUGCGUCUUCAUGCAGUAGCGCUUCACUUUCAUUCUGCCAUUUAUUCAGUUUGAAUCUGGACACUCAUGUGCUGCGUUUCAAACCCACAAUCAUCCUGUUGCUGGCACACACACAAACACACAACACUGCAAAACAUGAUGUUCUUCCUCAGGAUUUCUGCCUUGUUUUUCAGCACAAAUAUCCAAACAUCCUUAAAUCCAGAUACAUUUACUGGAGAUGCAAAAUGACUUGAUAUAUGUGAGCCUGCAGCACAAAAGCAGUGUUAA